CACGUUGGCCUUUUUUGCCUUUUGUUUUCUGUGCUUCCUAAGCAUUUGUCUAUGUCUCCUACUUCUGCUUGCUUCCCCUUCUCAGAACUACUGCAAAUGGGGGAGGAAUCAUACUUUGAAUUUCUUGUUAUUAUUUGAUACUACUUGUACCCUUUUUUUCUAAUCUAUCUUCUCAAUCUUUUAGCUACCCUCUUCCACCCAAGACUCCUCUUCUCCCUCUUUGCCAAAAACAUGAAUUGAGUGAAUUUCUUUCCCGUUCUUGCUUUAAGGCCACCUACUUUAAAUAUUGGGAAAUUCUUGCCAUGAUUUGACUUCAUUUCCUUUUUUUAAUAACAAAAAGCUUUUAGCUUUGUGGAUACUCUUUCAAGAACAAACUUGAUUGCUCUCAAACCCGCAACUUUAAUUGUCUUGCUUUUCUUUUUCUUUUUCCUUUUACAUUUUCUUUGUUGAGGGUUAGUUUUGGCCCUUUUGGUUUCUUGUCCAGGUGUAAUGCGAUACUGAGAACAAACAAGGCACCGCUUGAGGCCUUUAAUGGAAAUUGAUCUGAACCAUGCAAUAGUAGAGAGUAGUGAGGUGGAGAAGAAUGCUAAUGCAUGCAGCUGUAACGGGGAAUGUGACAAAGGUGGUUGUGGCUUUGGCUGUGUUUAUUGCUCUUUGUCCACUUCCACCUCUUCGUGCUCUUCUAAUGCUUCCUCCUCUAAUCCUCCUCCUCCGUCGAAAAUCUUCAUGGAGCUCUGGUAUGCCUGUGCUGGCCCUGUCACUAGCUUGCCCAAGAAAGGAAAUGUGGUGGUCUUUCCUCAAGGUCACCUGGAACAGGCUGCUUCUGUCUCUUCUUUUCCUGCUUUGGAAGUUUCUUCUUUUGAUCUCCAACCACAGAUCUUUUGCAAGGUUUUAGAGGUCGAGCUACUUGCUAAUAAGGAGAAUGACGAGGUCUACACACAGCUGACUCUGCUCCCUAUAUCAGAGGUGCUAGCCUUGCGUUCAGGGGGAAAAGACCAUGAAGAGGCGGGGACCGAAGAAGUGCCAAUAAAAUCAACCUCUCAUAUGUUCUGCAAAACUCUUACUGCCUCUGAUACCAGCACCCAUGGUGGAUUUUCUGUUCCUCGAAGAGCUGCCGAAGACUGUUUCCCACCUUUGAAUUAUGAAGAGCCGCGGCCCUCUCAGGAACUUGUUGCCAGGGACAUACAUGGUGUGGAAUGGAGAUUUCGGCAUAUAUAUAGAGGCCAGCCGAGGCGACAUUUGCUUACAACUGGUUGGAGCAUUUUUGUAAGCCAAAAGAAUCUUGUAUCCGGUGAUGCAGUUCUCUUUCUCAGGGGUGAAGGCGGGGACCUGAGGUUAGGAAUAAGAAGAGCUUCUGGACUUCGAAAUGGCCUCUCUGAGUUAGUUAUUAAAAGCCAGAAUGCUUAUCCCAGAGUUCUUGCGCCAGUUGCAAAUGCUGUCUCAAGCAAUACUGCUUUCAAGAUUUUCUACAGCACAAGAGCAAGUCAUGCUGAUUUUAUUGUACCGUAUCAAAAGUACGUGAAAAGCAUCAAUAACCAGAUACCUGUUGGGACAAGAUUCAAAAUCAGCAUUGAUUUGGACAAUGCUCCUGAUAGAAGGUACAGUGGUGUAGUGACUGGAGUUGGUGAUGUUGAUCCCCACAGAUGGCCAAACUCAAAGUGGAGAUGCUUAAUGGUCAGGUGGGAAGAAGAUGCUAGCAACCGUCAUGAAAGAGUUUCUCCCUGGGAAAUUGAUUUUUCAGCUUCUUUUGCAAACAUGACCAUCCAGACUUCUCCCAGAAUGAAGAAACUGCGCACCUGCAUGCAAGCAGAUGUGCAGAACAGCUCUAGAAAUGGUGCUGAUCUUCUAUCCACCGAUGCCAUAUACCAACAACGUUAGCGGGGCUAACAAAGCUGUUAUGGCACCGCCUGUAUGGAAUGGUUAUAUUCCUGGUCAGGUUCCCCUUUGGGGCUUUGCGGAGUCUGCACGAUCCGGUAAGGUCUUGCAAGGUCAAGAAAAUUUAGGUUUAGCUUCACCUCUUUAUGGCGGUGAUAAGAUAAACCGCCAGUUGGAUUUUGAGAUGCAUUCUGUUGCACAUCAACAAUUUGUGUCAAAUGGGAUGGAGAAGGCAAACUACAGUGAUUUUAGCAGAAGUCAGCCUUCCAUCACCUACUCAGGCUCUAUGGAAACAAAUAGCUUUCCAAAGGUCUUGCAAGGUCAAGAAAUUUGCUCACUUAAAUCUCUAACUGGAAAAACUGAACUCAAUCCUAGCGG